GCGGCACACAUUGACAAUUCCUUCUAAGGGUCGCUUUCAGCAUUGUAGACAACAUCUGAAUGUUCGUUAAAUCAGUAUUUCGCUGCAAAGAUUUCCUCCAAGGACUUCUGAUUGGAUACCAGAGGAAGUGGGAGAACCAAUCAGAUCUCUGCAUCUGUGUGGGAUGCGAUAUGAAAAUGUGGUCAUGAGCGGGUAUCUGAUGAGAAAUGAGGCCCUCGGAAAAAACAAGCACUUCCUGCCCUGUGGGAGGUUAUGUGUGGAAAUGCUCAGAUACUCUCUCUGAAAAGCUUUCGCACAUAAACAAGACUCUAGUCAUAUAUGAAGCCUCCUUUCCAGUGUGACAAGACACAAAAAGUUAUUUGAGAAGAGAACAAUCAAGCUGAUAUUCCUAACAAAACGAAACAAUCAUCCAUGUGAUUUCAACAUUACAUCCAGUUAAAAGCAAAGUUGGAUUUACUGUUACAGGUCAUAAUCUGUGUAUUCAAAGAAAACACCUAAGGGAGCCAUGACUGAAGCACAGAUGUCCAUUUCGUCUGGGUCUAGUGGACAUGGAGGAGGUAUGGUGACCAGUGCCUUACUUUGUUGGGCUGUGGCUCUUGUGUUCCUCUCACUGACAAGGGUGCCUGUUGUCCAGGGGGAUUGCUGGCUUAUAGAAGGGGAAAAGGGUUUUGUGUGGUUGGCAAUUUGCAGCCAGAACCAGCCCCCCUACGAAAACAUCCCAAUGCAUAUUAACAGCACAAUUGUUGACCUACGCCUCAAUGAGAACAAGAUUCGAAGCAUCCAUUUUUCUUCCCUAAGCCGCUUUGGCAAUCUCACAUACCUGAAUCUAACAAAGAAUGACAUCUCUUACAUAGAAGAUGGGGCUUUCUCUGCUCAAUUUAAUCUCCAAGUGCUGCAGAUUGGCUUUAACAAAAUGAGGAACUUGACUGAGGGAAUGUUAAGAGGUUUGGGACGCUUACAGUACCUCUAUCUUCAGGCAAACCUGAUCGAGACCGUCACAGCCAAUGCCUUUUGGGAGUGUCCUGCGAUAGAAAACAUCGACCUCUCCAUGAACAGGAUUCAGCAGCUUGAUGGCGCUACAUUCCGUGGUCUAUCGAAGCUUACAACGUGCGAGCUCUACGCAAACCCCUUCAGCUGCUCAUGUGAGCUGUUGGGAUUCUUGCGCUGGCUUGUUGCGUUCCCAAACCGGACAAGUGAGAGGAUGGCGUGCGAUACACCUGCUGGCUUUUCAGGCUACAGCCUCUUGAGUCAGAACCCUAGAAUGCCCAGAUAUCGAAAUGCUUUCCAUGCCCUCUCUUCUGUCUGCACCGAUGACAAUGUGACUCCGUAUCUUCAUGGAUCUCCAGAUGGAGGCAUUCCUACGAGGCUGCCUGAUUUGAGUCCUUGCGGACUGGAUGACUGUUCCUCUGGGACAUUUCCAGAGGAGACCAUUAGCAUCAGCCCCACCUUUCUGGAUUCAGAUGCUCGUCCAAUAAUGAGACUAAAAGAAGUUACUCACACAAGUGCAGUAAUCACCAUCCAGAUUCCUAAUCCGUUUCGCAAAAUGUACAUCCUUGUCCUCUACAAUAACAGCUUCUUCACUGACAUCCAAAACCUGAAAAGCCAGAGAGAAGAGAUUGAGUUACAAAACCUUAAAUCUCACACCAACUACACAUACUGUGUGGCAUCCAUUCGUAAUUCCUUGAGAUUUAACCACACUUGUCUGACCAUCUCCACAGGACCAAGGACAUUGCAAGAACGCGUGGCAAAUGACUCAACUGCCACUCAUUACAUUAUGACCAUCCUCGGGUGUCUCUUUGGGAUGCUUAUCGUGCUGGGUGUAGUUGUCCAUUGCCUGAGAAAGCGCAAAAAGCAAGACGAGCCAAAGAGCAAGAAGCUGGAAAAGAUGAAAAGAAACUUGAUUGAGAUGAAAUACGGAACUGAGCUGGAACAAGGGACUAUAUCACAGCUGUCACAAAAACAAAUUCUGUCCGCUGGUGAAACAGUACAAAGGAUGCCAUACUUGCCAGCUGCCAGUGACACAGAUCAGUAUAAGAUGCAAGAGAUCUCUGGGACGCCGAAGACUACAAAAGGGAAUUACAUGGAAGUGAGAUCAGAGCAACCAGAGCGGAGCAUAAGGGAAUGCAGCGUUCCUCCAUCGGAAACCAGCCAGGGAUCUGUUGCUGAGAUAUCCACGAUUGCAAAAGAAGUGGACAAAGUAAACCAGAUCAUCAACAACUGCAUAGACGCACUCAAGUCUGAUUCAACAUCAUUCCAGACUGCAAAAACCGGUGCUGUGUCGACAGCUGAGCCACAGUUAGUUCUCAUAUCAGAACAUCCCCCGGGCAAGUCUGGUUUUCUGUCCCCAGUGUACAAAGGAGGCUACCAUCAUCCCCUACAGAGGCACCACAGCAUGGAUGCUCCACAAAAGCGUGCAAGCACAUCCUCGAGUGGUUCACUCCGCAGUCCUCGCUCUUUUCGCUCAGAAGGAGCUUACAGAUCAGAGUCCAAAUACAUCGAGAAGGCAUCUCCGCUGGAUGAGUCAGGAAUCAUCACAGUCACUCCAGCUGCUGCAAUCCUGAGGGCAGAGGCAGAGCGGAUUCGGCAGUACAGCGAGCACAGGCACUCCUACCCUGGUCCCCACCACAUAGAGGAGUCAAUAGAGGUGUCAGGGAGCCGGAAAUCGUCCAUUUUGGAGCCACUAACGCGCUCCAGACCCCGGGAGUUGUCCUAUUCGCAGCUCUCACCACAGUACCACAACCUGAGUGGCUAUUCCAGUCCCGAGUACAGCUGUAGGCCUUCUCUUAGCCUGUGGGAACGUUUUAAACUACACCGCAAGCGUCACAGGGAUGAGGAAGAGUACAUUGCUGCAGGUCAUGCAUUAAGGAGGAAAGUACAGUUUGCCAAAGAUGAGGACCUACAUGACAUUCUAGACUACUGGAAAGGAGUCUCUGCUCAGCAGAAGUCAUGAUUGCCAUUUUUAUAGCCCAUCCAAUUAAAGAAGACUGCACAAGUCUCUGGACCAAACCAGCCAGUAUCAACGAUUAAGUGACAAGUCAGCACUCACUUUUAGAGAUAUAGCUUAGAAGUAUUGCUAGCUCUUUUCAUUCUGUUUGAGAGUGAAAAAGAUACUGUAGAUCUCGCAGUGAGUGUCCGUGCCAAGUGGUAAGAAUAGCAAACUUUUAACAGUAUUAACCUCAACUCAACAUUUGAUUUUUAUAUAUUGGAAAUAACAAUAAACUACUAUUAUAUUAUCACCCUCAUGAUCAUCAUGACCAUCAUUGAUUAGUAGUAUUACUGUUAAGAUUGAUUCUUCUUCUUAUUAUUAUUACAGUUAAUCUUUGGUUAUCGCAUGGCCGUGUCCUGUGACAGUAUUGACUGUUGUGUACUUGGAAAACAUUCAACUCAAAAUGUCUGCCGAACACUGUUCUCCCCAACCUUAGAUUUUUAUACAGACUGUGCUUUGAAAAUGCUCUUUUUUUCUUCUUUAGCGACUGUUCAAUGGACAACUGCUGAAUUUGCUACAGAAGCACACAUCUACUGGAUUUUAAUAGAAUGACUUUUCAGAGAAAAAAAACAGCUUCUCUUAAUGCUUUCUCCAUUCUUUUUUGUAAAGUUUACAUUUUCAAACAUACAACGAAUGUUUCAAGUCCUUAAGACUUAUGCCUGCAGCCACUGCGGUGCAGGCAAAACUGUUUUUGGCUUUCUAUGGUUUUCUUUCAUUAACAGACUUUCAAGCAGUGCUACUGAGAAAACUGACCACACAAACUCAACACAAGUCCUGCAUACUGGAGAAUGAAUGUACUGCGUGUGAAAACUAUUUUUCUCUGACAUCAGUUUUACAAUAUUUGGGGCUUAGUCCGAUUUAAACCCACUUUGAUUCUUGUUUGCAAGACCUUCAGAGAUAUUUCUAUCUCAGUCAAAGAUAUUGCUACCACAUGCCUACUUUAAACCACUGUGAAUCCCAAGACCUUGCUAAAUCAGCCCUGGAGUUUGUUUUUUUACUGAGAUUCAACAGAGCUAUGUCUUCUACGGCUGAUAAGCCAGGUCUGAAGUGCUGAUCUAGGCAGUCCUAAUAGCGUAAUCUGUUCUCACCGCCAUUAAUGCUGAUAGACAAUUUAGAUUCCACUGAUUAGAACAAUGGAAUUGGCCUCUAAAUUGUGAGGAAACAAAUUUUAAAGACCUGUACUGUGAAACUGCACAUUAUGAUACCCCGAUUCAUGCAGUGAAAUAACAUGACAUUUAAAUUAUAUCUGAAUCAAAGUGCAUGUCAAACGCUUAACAGAAAAGUUGUCAGCCGCAUAUUAAGACCUAGAGUGUGCAUAAUGUUGUUUUGAAGCUAUCAUAUCCACUAUCCACAGGUGGAUUGCUUGGAAUACUGUCAGUUUGUGUGUGAUUUAUAGAGAUAAUAUGUUAAACAGUUAUAUUUCGACAACUGAUUUUAUGAAAGAAAAUGCCAUUUUCAUACUGAGCCUUGUCAUACAGAUUUAUUGCUUGUUUCUCUACUGCAGUCAGAUUCUGAACAACCUAACAAGAGGAUUGUUUCUGUUUUGUUUUACAAAUAAGUUUAGCCAAUUUCAGGUAAUUAUCAUGAGAGCCAAAUAAACGCCUACAAGAAAGAAGUAAUGCAUGAUAAUAGGAAUAAUUUAACUCAAUUGUCUGUAUAAUUAAUAGAAUCAAGGUCUUCUUUAACCCUUGUGCACUGUUCAAAUUGACUAUGCUUUUGUUAU